AGCGCGGACCCGGCGGGGCUAAAUCCGUCGAUACGCACGAAUAAAUAUCAUCCGGACGCCGCCGCAGCGCAGCGGUGCUUUGGAGGUGCUUUGGUGCAGAGGUGUGAGCUACCAUGGCCGGCGUCACGGUCGUCGAGGACUUGGACGCCGAGAACCUGCUCGAACACCUUUGCCUCGAAGAGGAGGCCAAGGAGGUCCGGGGCUGGGUCGCCGAGAAGACGCCGCGGCCCGCCGGCCUGGACAAGCGCCUGAGCAGCGCCGCGAAGCUGCGCGGCAAGGGCAACGUCGCCUACGAGCGCAAGGAGUGGGACGCGGCCGUGUGGCUCUACCUCGCGGCGCUGCACCACGUCGACUACUCGCUCAAGGACUCGCGCGCCGACAAGCUCGGCGACUCCGUCGUCGGGACGGCGAAGCUGCAGGAGGAGGUCGCCCGCGUCUGCGCGAAUCUGGCGGCGGCCUUCUCGGCGAAGGACGACGCCUACAACGCGGCGCGGUCGGCGGCGCUCGGCCUCGACUACGCCGAGAAGUGCCGGUCCGUCAAGGACGACAAGCGGGCGCUGCGGGCGAAGCUGCUCUACCGGCGCGGCGUCGCGCGCUCGCGGAACGCGGGCCGGCCGAACGCGGGGCCCAACGACACGGUCGAGGACGGGCUCGCGGACGUCAAGGAGGCCUGCCGCCUCGACGAGUCCCGGGACCGGGGCAUGCGCGAGGCCUACCGCAAGCUCAAGCGGCGCGCCGACGCGGAGCCGCCCGCCUACGCCGCGGGCUUCCUGAAGGCGGACCUGCCGCCGGGCGUCGAGGCCGUCGCCGACGACGACGCCUCCGAGGCGCCCGCCGCCGCCGCGCCGGCCCCGGCGCCCGCGCCCGCGCCCGCGCCGCCCCGGCCCGCGCGGUCCGCGCCGGCGCCGGAGCCGGAACCAUCGCGGCGGCCCGGCCGCGUCCGCCGGGUCCUGAACGCGCUGAGCCGCGGCGUCGAGCGCAUGCCGCCCCGGCGCCGCGACCGCGUUGUGGUCAUACUCGUCUCGACGCCCAUCGUCGCGGUCUUCGCCGCCGUCAGCUGGGCCUGGCGCGACACGCGGAGCCCGCACCAGGUCGUCAACAUCGUCGCGAUCUUCGCGCUCAUCGUCGCGCGGCUCGUCGACACGUACCGCAAGUUCCGGCGCGCGGCGGAGAAGCGCCGCGUCGUCCGGGGAAUGCUUGCGACGAAGAAGAAGCAUGCGUAA